AUGGACCGAGCGAUCCUCGCUUGUUUGGUUUUGGCAGUGGCCAUUCAGGCUCAGAAAGAUCCUCUUAAAAAGUUUACCGAGGCCAUCGAGAAUCCCUUGGCUAAUGGAUUCGGAGAUGACAUCGAAUGGGUCAAGUGGGAAGAUGCCAUCGAGAAAUCUUUGGAAGUAAACAAACCUAUCUUCCUCCUGAUUCACAAGACCUGGUGUCAUGCUUGCAAAUGUAAGCGUUUUAAUUAUAAUAAUCAUUGACAUGAGUAACAAUUACGUAAGGAUGACUAUUAAAUUAUUGAUAUUAAUACUCCGAGUUCAGCUCUCAAAAAGACCAUGCAACAAUCUAAUGCUCGCAAAGCCUUCAAGCGUCUUUCGGAGUACUUUGUGAUGGUCAACACUGUCGAUGACGAGGAGCCUUAUGAAGAAGAAUAUAGACCUGACGGAAAAUAUAUCCCUCGUCUUUUGUUCCUAGACAAGAAUGGAGACCACCUGGAACAAUUCAAGAACAAGAAAGCCGAGUACAAGAACUAUUCUUAUUACUAUUCAUCUCCCGCCGAUAUUAUCAACACCAUGAAAGAUGUCCUCAGACAUUUCGAGAUCGAUGUCCCUGAUCUUAAAAAACCCGAUGGAUUGAAGCCUAAGAAACCGGCCAAGAAAACUGAUGGUCCUGAACCACCAAAGAAACAAAAGAAGGAAGAAAAGAAGGAGGAAAAGAAGAACGAGUUGUAA